CUUCUCCACCAUCAUUCUCCAUCGUUUCCCCUUUGAACUCUUGCACGAAGCUACACCACCCCCAAAUUCUACCUUGUCCUCUGCAAUUUCCAGUCCUUGACCAUGGCGGAUCCCUAUGCUGCAAUCAUUUUCAGGCUUCUCGAUGACACUAUUGCUGAUGCGAAUGUUCCUUUGGACGUGAGGGAGCAGGCAACCUACAUCAAGGUCUCGUAUGCCACCCACCGCAACACCUACCGUCUCAUGGCUCAGACCUCUGCGCUCUUCAACGGCGGAACUGUGCUUCAUCCUUCCCACGGAAACCAGGGUCCCAAUGGCAAUGCUCAUCUUCCCGUGUAUCGUCUUGGAGGUGUUAUUCGUGCAAUUGCAAUGGAUCAUCAGGUUACCCCAGGCCCCGGCGACUACGAAGGCCACCCAAUCGAGCUUCUUAGCAUCCUUGACCCAGCCAUCCAGAACGGCCUUCCUGGCGAGAGGAUCUUCGACCUUCAUCGCUACCUCAUUGCUAUGGAAAGAGUGGCGAAUGAGCACCUUGCCAGACUUACCAGACAGUAUGGCUAUCACUACAUUCUCAGAGCUGGUCUCGAGGAGUACUACAUGACCAAAGCUGUUGCCGAAGCCGUCAUUUUCCUCAGAGCGGAUCGUCGCGGCGUUGCAUACCGUGUCAGAGCGCAGCGAGCCUGCUAUGAGGCGAUGGAAGAAACCCCGACUUUGACCGACCAAAGGAAGGCUGAGGUGAUCAACUAUGUCAACUGCGCGCCUGAGGAUGCACAUCGCUUCUGGAAUUGGCUGGCCGCGAACCGCGCUCGCUAUCAUGCGAUGAGGCAAUGCGUUGGUUUGAUGAACAACAUUCAGUAGUUUCUUCAAUAGGGCUCUCCAGAGUUUGCGUGCCGCCACUGGUUUUGACAAGUCAUCCCACCUGAACGACCUGCGCCAUAAGACCAAAACGCUCGCAUCUCCUCGUGGAAAACCUCAGCCGCCAUUGACACUGCUCUCUUUACAUCGCGUAUGCCACACAUCCUUCACUCUUUCAAGCCGUUAUUGACAAUAUUCUUCGAGGUACCAUCUGCAAUGCAACGAACGAAAUUCUCACCUGGGCAAGAAGAACGACAAUGCCCAAGGAGAAAGCAAUCACUCCCACCAAGAAUCCUGCUCGAACGGACUGCAGCUGAUCUAGAUUGCCGAUGUAUUUUCAUUUUUUUCCCUAUCUACUUUUGGACUGUUCUCGAUCCUUUGUACCAUUUCCUUAUCCAAGUUGGCAAUAUCUCUCUUUUCCUGUUACGUUUCCUACUUUCACAAACUGCAAAACCUUCUCUAGUCUCAACAACUCAUACCCAAUUUGGCACCUCUCCUCUUUUUGGGUGGUCUAUCUCGGUUUAUCUUUUCAUGAUGAUUGGGGCGGAGGCCAUGUCGGGCGCGAGUCGGCUUGUGCGGUGAUGGAGUGGAAUGAGGCGGGGUUUCUCAAACGAGGAGUCGAACAAUGCGCUGGUCCCUGCGUUCAACCCCUGCCUCUCUUCUGCUGUCGUGCUCUACUACUCAGACCUGGGAAGCUUCAUGUAACACCUCGAUGUAGCAAUGUUGACACGGCG